AUGCAACAUAAAAAUCAAUUCUUAAACGGAGAGUCAGCCUCCAUCAAGGCAUCUCAGUUAUUGAGUCAACACAUUUACACUUACAAAAACAUCGAUGCCACCGCCAGCAGCAGCAACAACAUUUGGGGCAAAUCCACAGGCCACACUGUCUACACGCAACAAGACAUCACCAGCCGUUUGCAACACGGUACACACUCUGCAGCACUCGUCUCGUCUGAUUCAUUGAUCUCUGCUAUUCCUCAAUUAUACAAACUGGCUUCUGAAAGGUCGGGUGUGGUGCUUCAUGUCUCAGCAAAGCACGGUGAUUCUUCUAGUUUUGCUGAUUUCUCUAAUGUCAUGGCUGUACGUCAAAGUGGCUUGACAUUCCUCAGUUCCUCCACUGUACAAGAAGCUCAUGAUUUGGCUGUCAUUGCCCACGUGGUGGCUAUCAAGACCAACACACCUGUGUUGCAUUUCUUUGAUUCUAAGCGUAUUGCAGACGAGUUCACAUCCAUUGAUUUGGUGGAUAUCGACACGUUGAAGCAACUGAUCACCUCAGACGAUUUGGAACACUAUCAACAGGCAGAGCAACAAGAACAGCAAUCAGCCUACCUUCAAUACAAGCAACAGCAACAACAAAAGGAGGAUGGAAAGGAUGUGGACGUAUAUGCUGCUGUUCAAGAGGCCAUGGUGCAUUUUGCUACUUUGACAGGCCGUCAAUACGCUCCUUUGGAGUUCAUUGGUCAUCCUGAAGCUGAAAAUGUGAUUAUUGCUAUGGGCGCUGGUGCUACCGUGGUUGAAAAGACGGUUCAAGCUCUGGGUAAAGAAGCUAAAUUGGGUCUCUUGAAGGUGAGAUUAUACAGACCUUGGUCAGACACUGAUUUAUUGGCUACUCUACCAAGCGCUACCAUCAAGCGCAUUGCUGUGUUGGAGCCCUCUCAUGAUUUCACUUGUACCUGGAAUCCUCUCUUUUUGGAUAUCGCUGCUGCCUAUCAAACUGCUGAAGACAAUGAUGUGGAGCUCGUCAGUGGUCAAUAUGGUGUCAAGGAUCAAGAUUUCUCUCCUGCCCAAGUCCAAGCUGUCUUUGCUGAAUUGAGCAAGGCUGAUUUCCAACGUAAAUUCGAGGUGGCUUCCUUGAACAUCCCUCAACAUGUCAAUGUUGUAGCUCAAGAUACAGAGCAAUUCUUGAUUGUUGGUGAUGAAACUUUGGCUUUGAACUAUGCUCAAGCUGCUGUCUCUGCUGGCAAAUAUGCUCAAGUCUAUACUGUUAACCAAGUGUCUCAUGUGCGUGUCUCUGCCGUGGCUGGUCCUCUCUUGCCUUCCCUUGUCUCUGAGGCCAAGGCUGUUGUGCUUCAAGAUACAUCUGUGGAUGCUGAUCAAGCCAUCAAGGCACUUGCCAAGGGUGGCGUUGUUGCUGUCCAUGGUGCUGCUGUUUCCGAGAGCUUGGAUGCUGCUUUGACUGAAGCUACUAAGCGUGCUAUUGGUGUUGCUGGUGCCAAGGUGGUUCAUUUGACCAAUGUCCAAGAUCUUGUCUCUGCUGGUCUCUCUAGCGUCUUGUCCAAAGCCGAAGCCAUGGUCACUCCCUCUGGUUGGGAUCAAUUGACUGGUACUCCUGCUGCUGCUGUUGCCACUUCCUCUACCAAGACUGCUGCCAAGACACUUGCUGUCGAGACUCCCUACCUCAAAAUGCUGGACCAAGUCUUCCAAGACCGUCUUGAGAUUGCCAAUGCUGUCAACAGUGCUUCUGUUUGGUCUCGUGACGAACACAAUGCCGCUGCCUCUGCCCCUGAAUUCGGCUAUGGUAAGAUUGUCAACAAGAUCCAACAACGUGCUCGUUUCAUCGAUGCAGUUGAAACCUUAAUCAAGGAGAACAAGGUGUCUGAAGAAGCCUACAAGACGUUGUCUCAAUGGCUGUUGGUUGUCAAGUCCUCCAAGUCUGACGUCAAGGCUAUCAACAAGGCCGCUGAAGCUGUUGUCUCUGCUAUUGCCAAUGUCUCUGCUGUUGACUAUGUCUCUCAAAACAAGGAUCUCUUGUUCCAAAAGUCCAACUGGUUGAUUGGCUCUGAUUCUUGGGCUUAUGAUCUCGGUCAAUCUGGUGUGCAUCAUGUCAUUGCUCAAGGUGAAAAUGUCAACAUGUUGAUUGUAGACACAUUGCCUUAUUCCAGCGAGGUAGCUCGUGAACAACGCAAGAAGGAUAUUGGCCUCUAUGCCAUGAACUUUGGCUCUGCUUAUGUGGCUUCUGUUGCUGUCUACUCUAGUUAUACUGGUGUCUUGCACGCCUUGAUGGAAGCUGAUGCUUACCAAGGUCCUUCUAUUGUCUUGGCCUACUUGCCUCAAGAACCUGCUACUACGACUGCUACCAACCCUGUCUUCACCAUGAAGGAGACCAAGGUCUCUGUGGAUAACGGCGCCUGGCCCUUGUAUCGUUGGAACCCUGCCUUGGAUGCGGAGGGCAAAGAAGCUUUCUCUUUGGAUUCUCAACGUAUCAAGAAGGAUCUUGAAAAGUUCUUGGAACGUGAAAACCAUUUCUCUCAAAUUGUGGCUCAACAUCCUGACAUUUCUCAAUUGCUCGUGAGCUCCUUGGAGAAUGACGUUGAAAAGAGACACAGUGAAUUGAAGCGCAAGGCUCGUGAAGACUUUGCUAAGUUGCUGUCUGGUAUGGGUGCUGCUAACGGUCCUCCUCUCCUUGUUCUCUUUGGUUCUGAUAACGGUAAUGCUGAAGGUGUUGCCAAGAAGAUUGCCAACCGUGCCAAGAGCAGAGGUCUUCAAGUCAAACUGAUGGCUAUGGACGACUAUGAGGAUGUACAAGAGCUGGCCAAUGAAACCAAUGUCGUCUUUAUCGUCUCUACUGCUGGUCAGGGUGAAUUGCCCUCCAAUGCGCGUGAACUGUGGAAGGCCUUGAACGGUAUGAUUGUCGGUGAUGCUGAUUUCAGUCAGUUGAACUACGCUGUCUUUGGUAUGGGUGAUAGCCACUACUGGCCUCGUGAAGAAGAUGCCAUGUUCUACAACCGUCCUGGUAAACUCAUUGAUGCCAAAUUGGAGACUUUGGGUGCCAACCGUCUUGUGGAGAUUGGUUUGGGUGAUGAUCAAGAUGCCGAUGGUUUUGAAACUGCUUUAGGCGUUUGGCAACCCGAGUUCUGGAAGUCGCUUGGUGUCAAGGAUGUUGGUGCUGAGGAUGAUGAGCCCAAGUUGACGGAUGACCAAAUGAAGAUCAACUCCAACUACUUGCGUGGUACCAUUGCUCAAGAUCUCUUGGAUGAAUCCACGGGUGCUAUUAGUGAAAUCAACGGCAAGUUGCUCAAGUUCCAUGGUUCUUAUGGUCAAGAUGAUCGUGAUAUUAGAGAGGAGCGCAAGAAGAUGGGUCUCGAGAAGGCUUUCAGUUUCAUGAUUCGUGUGCGUAUGCCUGGUGGUGUCUCUACUCCCGAGCAAUGGCUUGUCAUGGAUGAAUUGGCUGAUACUUAUGCAAACGGUGCUAUCAAGUUGACUACCCGUCAAGCUUUCCAAUUGCACGGUAUCUUGAAAAAGAACCUGCGUUCUACUAUCCGCGGCAUCAACCACUCUCUUCUCUCUACACUCGCUGCUUGUGGUGAUGUUAACCGUAACAUCAUGAUUACCCCUGUCACUGAGAUUCCUGAAGUGCACGCUCAAGUCCAACAAUUCGGUAUGGAGCUCAUGGAACACUUGGCUCCCAAGACCACUGCCUAUCACGAAAUUUGGUUGGCUGAUGAGCAAGUCGCUGGUAACGCUGUUCAAGACUUUGAGCCCAUCUAUGGUCCCACUUACUUGCCUCGUAAGUUCAAGAUUGUUAUUGCUGUUCCCCCCAACAACGAUGUGGAUAUCUUUGCUCAUGACUUGGGUUACAUUGCUAUCGUGGAUGACAACAAGAAGGUCAUUGGUUACAACGUUACUAUCGGUGGUGGUAUGGGUAUGACUCACGGUAACAAGAAGACCUAUCCUCGCCCUGCUAAUGUGGUUGGUUACAUCCCUGCUGAAUUGGCUGUUGCUUGUGGUGAGGCUGUCAUGACUACUCAAAGAGACUAUGGUGACCGUACCAACCGUAAGCACGCUCGUUUCAAGUACACUAUUGAUACACAUGGUCUGGACUUUAUCAAGAAUGAGAUUGAGACGCGUAUGGGUGUCAAGUUUGAAGAAGCCAAGCCCUAUGUAUUCAAUGACAAUGCGGAUCGUUAUGGCUGGACCAAGGGUGUUGAUGACAAGUGGCAUUUCUGUAUGUUUAUCGAGAAUGGCAAGAUCAAGGAUUGGCCCGACUUCCAACCCAAGACUGGUCUCAGGGAGCUCGCUAAAUGGCACAAGGGUGAAUUCCGUCUCUCUCCUAACCAACAUUUGGUCAUUGCUAACGUCCCAGAGGCUGAUUUGGAAAAGACCAAGGCUUUGUUGGCUAAAUACAAGAUGGACAACUUGUCUUUCACCGGUCUUCGUUUGAACGCUAUGGCUUGUGUUGCUUUGCCUACUUGUGGUCUUGCUAUGGCUGAAUCUGAGCGUUACUUGCCUACCUUGGUUGGACAUCUUGAACAUGCUAUCGAAGCUGCUGGUCUCAAGGAUGAUGCUAUUACCAUUCGUAUGACGGGUUGUCCCAACGGCUGUGCUCGUCCCUAUCUUGCUGAGAUCGCCUUUGUUGGUAAGGCUCCCAACACAUACAAUGUCUAUCUGGGUGGUGGUCAUCAAGGUCAGCGUCUCAACAAGCUGUACAAGGAAUCCUUACGUGAAGAAGAAAUCCUGCAAGAAAUCAACCCCAUCAUCAAGCGCUAUGCUACUGAGCGUCUCUCGAGUGAGCCAUUUGGUGAUUUUGUUAUUCGUGCUGGAUACGUCAAAGAGACCAUCACUGGUACUGAUUUCCAUGAGCUCUAA